AUGUCGUCAACUCCAGAAAAGGAGCUAGACCGAAAGCUGAAAAGUUACACACCACUUGAGCACACGGACAGAACCAAGGACUUUUUCCGCGACUUCUUUAGGGUUCUUUCUCCUGACGGGAAAAGAAAUCUGGCGGAAGACGUUUCAGAAUGUGCAAACGAUGACAAGCUUCGGCAGCUGGUCCAAAGCAUCAGAGUUGGUUUAUUGAUUCCUAUGAAAGCACAGGGUGGCCGGACUCCCACUGAACUCACUCCGUCUCCGCGAACUGGCAUUGAAGAUUCAAUCGAGAAUCUCAAGAGCCUAAACAUUGAGUCUCAAUCGCAAGUCCGAUACCACUGUUUAGAAAGAGAUGGCUACAAAUGUCUUGCAACGGGGAAUUACAGUUGCCGUCACCCCCAUCCACCCAAAGUACUAACGACCCAUCUUGAAGCUGCCUACAUUAUUCCAUCCGCAUUUGGAUCUUUUCGCGUCAAUGACAGCGACGUAUUGGACAGACAUGCAAAGAUUUGGAUCAACCUAAGGCGCUACUUUCCAGCUCUUCGCAAUAUUUCCUUUACCUCCGAACAGAUCAAUUCGGAAAAGAAUGUGCUAACGCUAGACUCCAAUCUACACAAGGAAUUCGGUGAAUUCAGACUCAUCUUUGAAGCCACCGGACUUCCUCAUCAAUACAGAAUCAAGACCUUUUCCGAUACCGCCACAGGGCCAUUAAUUUUUUUGCCUAGAAAUCGGCUUGUCAAGUUCAGGGUUCGCAAAGGAAGUUGGGAACUUCCAGAUCCUAAACUUCUCGAAAUUCACGCUUCUAUUGGAAACUUUCUACAUAUGAGUGGCCAGGCGGAGAUGAUUGAAAAGCUCCUGGGACGUUUUGAAGACUGUGGCGGGCUUGCCCCGGAUGGAAGCAGCAACAUUGAAGAACUUUCUUGCAGCCAGCAAGCUUUCACUUCUGCCCUCAAACGCCAGCGAAAUGCCCGAUCUCAACACCUGCUGAUGAAGCUAUUGAAGCGACCUUUCACCGGGAAGGAAAGAUUGAUUCUCCUAACCGAGAGAAAGAAGCAAAGAAGGGUAAAGAGAGGAGAGCAAGAUAUCUAG